UUAAGGAUCAAUCCGCUGAUAGAGCAGUGCGCGCAGACCAGCAAUAACGCGGCAGACAAUAUUAGAUCUAAAGUUAGCUUUUUACCAACACAACAUUUAUAUUAUUUGUGACAGUAACAACCGUAACAAUGAUGAACGGACAGAUGAACGGUUUUCAUAACUCUCUUAUUGAGGAGGACUGCUUCUUGUUCACCUCAGAGUCGGUCGGAGAAGGACACCCCGAUAAGAUCUGUGACCAAAUCAGUGAUGCAAUCCUAGACGCCCAUCUCAAACAGGAUCCUGACGCCAAGAUUGCAUGUGAAACUGUUGCCAAAACUGGGAUGAUCCUGCUGGCUGGGGAAGUGACAUCACAUGCUUCAGUGGAUUAUCAGAAAGUUGUGCGUGAAACAAUCCGUCUAAUUGGAUAUGAUGACUCAGCGAAAGGGUUUGAUUAUAAGACCUGCAACGUACUUGUGGCCUUGGAACAGCAGUCUCCUGAUAUCGCUCAAGGUGUUCACAUUGAUCGUAAUGAGGAGGACAUUGGAGCUGGGGACCAGGGUUUGAUGUUUGGAUAUGCAACCGAUGAAACUGAAGAGUGCAUGCCACUCACAAUUAUCCUUGCCCAUAAGCUGAAUGCCAAGAUGGCUGAACUGCGACGCAACGGCACCCUCCCAUGGCUCCGGCCAGACUCAAAGACACAGGUGACCGUGCAGUAUCGCCAGGACCGUGGUGCUAUGCUCCCUGUGCGAGUGCACACAAUUGUCAUUUCUGUUCAGCAUGAUGAGGAAAUCUGCCUUGAGGAGAUGAGAGAUGCUCUGAAGGAGAAUGUCAUAAAGACUGUUGUUCCUUCAGUAUAUUUGGAUGAUGACACCAUUUACCAUUUGCAGCCUAGCGGGCGGUUUGUCAUUGGAGGUCCACAGGGAGAUGCUGGCCUCACUGGACGUAAAAUCAUUGUAGAUACCUAUGGAGGCUGGGGAGCCCAUGGUGGUGGAGCCUUCUCUGGGAAGGAUUACACAAAGGUAGAUCGCUCUGCUGCAUAUGCUGCUCGCUGGGUGGCCAAGUCUCUGGUCAAGGCUGGGCUCUGCAGAAGAGUGCUCGUUCAGGUGUCCUAUGCCAUUGGAGUUGCCCAUCCACUCUCCAUUUCUAUCUUCCACUACGGGACCUCCCAAAAGAGUGAGCGGGAACUGCUUGAUAUCGUGAGGAAGAACUUUGACCUCCGACCCGGAGUCAUUGUCAGGGAGCUGGAGCUGAAGAAACCCAUUUAUCAGAGGACCGCAGCCUAUGGCCACUUUGGCCGAGACUCCUUCCCAUGGGAGCUGCCCAAAAAGCUCAAAUACUAAACCUGUUAAGCUUUUCCCCCAGGCUUGUUGGUGUAUACUACAGAGAAGCCUCCAAGGUUCCAGGGGUGAAAUGCACUUUUCUCUUCCUCUUUCUCUUUCUCUCAUAAUGAUAUGACACAUGACUCCAUCCUUGACUCCACCUCCAUCUUUGUCUUGUGACUGUUUUUCUGCUGGUUGCGCAAUUGUGCUGGGUCCUAGGAGGCAUGCCUCAAACUUUAAAUGUUUUUAAAUUGGGUGGGUUCCAUGAACUUGUGCCUGAUUUGACUUCAUGUUCCGCAGGCUUGCUGUUUCCCUGCAUCUUGUUAUAGUCAGAGUAGCUGCAUUUGGUUGUUCUCCUUUGGCAUUCCACUGCUCUCAGUGUCGUAAGUCAUCAAUUUGAUGUCACUGCGGUAGCAUAUUUGGCAAUAUGCGAUACCCUUAAUUUUUUGGUGCUAUUGAAAUGAGUCGACAUUACAACUAAUAUUUUGACAGUCCAUUUAAAUGUUUAGUUUCAUAGCAGAUUCCAAUUUCCUGACAGUCUCCUGAAGUUCAGCUUUGUUUUAAACAUUCCUCCUUUUCUGGGCUGGUACAAGUACCGGUAUCUCUUGACCUAAUGCUCUUGGUCUUUCUUUAUUUCAUCACCUUUAUGGAGGAUGGUUGAAAGGCACAAAUAAAAUUAAAGGGUUACUACUGUCUUUACUAAAAUGCUAUGCAUUGCAGGCUAACUGGCAAGCCAAAUCUGAAUUAUACAAGCUCAAAUGAGCAAAGGGCCUCAUGUGCCCCUACAGACCUUUGCUGUUUUCUGACGUAAUACAGAAAAGUCAGAAGCUGCUAUAUCACUGCUCUGGUCUGCAGCGGGAUUUGAUAUACUUGAUGGUGAUGGAAAAUUUUGAUUGUUUAUGCAUUGAUACUCAAUUAUAAACUAGGUAUUUUUUUAAUGUCCCUUGUUUUUAACAUGGUUCUGAAAUGACAAAAGAUUCUUGUGCUCCUUAAGUUUAUUGAUGGCAGGUGUAGCUACAGAGAAACCUGAUUCCCAUCUUUACCUUAAGGGAGUGUGCUCUUGGACACAGAGUCUUAAUGGCCAGGAAUUGAACCACAACACUAUUUAUUUGUUCUCUGAAACUUGGUGUGGAUACAGAGAAGCUGAUGUUUCAGAAGGCAGCUUUAAACAGUCUUGGUUAUUGAAUCUUGAAUUUCAGUGUUUGGCUUGAGGCCCCAGAGUGUUGUACAGAAAAGCUUUGGUCUGCCUCAAGAAAGCAUCACUGACAACUGUAAUACUUUAUUUUAUCAGCUUUUUUUUUUUUUUUUUUUGGAUUAGUUUUGAAAUCCAAUUAAAAUACCUGGUGCAAUUCUUGAGCUCUUACUUAUCCUCACUGAUGUGAUGGCAACAUUUGGCUGGUGUAGUACAGAGAAACCAGCCUGGUUUACACAGCCGUCUCAUUGGUUGGAUAAUUUAAAGUUUUGGUUUUGUCCUCUUUAACCACUCAGAGGUCAUCCCAUGGGGUACAGUAAAUGUAGGAGUGCCUUCUCUUUCCCUUCUUUUUUCCCCUCAUUUGCUUUUCUUCUUUCACUAGUGUACAUUCAGCUUCCAGAGAAACAAGUAGCUCCUACUGUAAUGUGCUUCAUGUCUAGACUGAGUAGUAUUCCCAAUGCUCUGUAAUAA